CCGAAUGGACUGGUUGUAUGCUUGUAGGCUAGUGGGACUGGUCCCCGCUUGAGAGACCGUGCAGACAGACCGAGGAGGCGACACUCAAACAGAGAGUAACGUUAGAUGAGUUUCCACAGAAAGUGUUCGUAUCUGAACCCAAACAUUUGGGCUCGUUGACUGGCGAGACGAGGAGUAACGUGGACUAACGUUCGCAGCGAAGCGCUGAGGAGGAGGACAGUCAAAGGGUCGGAGCCACAGGUAGGGAGCUGUCGUGGCAGAAGAUAUCAAAGUGCAAGUGGGUCAUGUAGAUUUGAGUGUCUGACCCGAGCGAAGAGUCGGCAGCAGCGGAACGGCGGAGGUCGAACCUGUACAGGCAGAAGGGAGAAGACUUAUCACGCUGAGCCGCCUCUCCCUCCGUCCGACUGGGCGCCUUGUCCCAGGAAGAGCCACCAUGUCCAGGAGAAAGCAGAGCAAACCCCGGCAGAUAAAGCGUCCCUUUGGAGAACUUGACGGCAAUGAGGAUAACACUCUUGACAACCUGAGCCUCUCUGGAGAGGAGGCAGAGGCCUCAGACCAAGAUGAUUCCGCAGAAGGUGACAGCAGUAGUCCACCGCCCUACACACCGCCGUACAAUAAAGAGCCGAGGAAGGAGGACAUUCAUGGAGACCCUGAUGAAGGUGAUGAAGAUGGGGAAGCGCAACGUCUGGGACAUAGUAGUGGUAAAGAGGAAGAUGAGAGGGAGGAAGAGGAUGGCGUAUUACAGUGGAAAGGUCCAGAUGAGCUGGAACUCAGUAAUGAAGGCAGUGGCAGAAAGGUCAUCGCUCGCAGGGACCUCCAUGCAGACACAGUUUGGGGACCCUACGCUGGGAGCCUCCAGUCAAACAGCAGCGCAGAUGAUGGGGCAUCAGAGAAUUCCAGUUGGACCUUGGUGUGUGAGGAUCCAGAUUGUUGGAUUACCUGUCUUGCUUUGACCACUGACCCAAAAGAUGCCAACUGUACCAUCUACAGUCAAGGUGAAGAGUUAUUCUGUAAGGUGACCAGGGACAUUUUUGUGGCAGAAAGGCUCGUGGCUGCCCUUUUGCUUUCUCAAAAGCCCCACUCCCCUAUCGCCAGGGGUUCACCUCUUCUCAACAUUGUCACCCCAAAAACAUCUGCGGUAAAGGAGGAGCCACCGUAUCCUGCAGCCCUCCACACAGACAUCCAGCUCCUCCCACAGCAAGCCGGCAUGGCUGCAAUCUUGGCUACUGCUGUUGUCAAUAAAGACAUUUUCCCGUGCAAAGACUGUGGGAUUUGGUACAGAAGUGAAAGGAACCUGCAAGCCCACCUGAUGUACUACUGUGCCAGCCGACAGAAACAGCCGGCUGCGGCGUCAUCCCCACCGCAAGACAAACCUAAAGAGUCCUAUCCCAAUGAACGCAUAUGCCCCUUUCCUCAGUGUAACAAGAGCUGCCCCAGCGCAAGUUCACUGGAGAUUCACAUGCGUACACAUAGCGGUGAGCGGCCAUUUGUCUGCCUCAUCUGUCUGUCGGCCUUCACCACCAAAGCAAACUGUGAGCGCCAUUUGAAGGUCCACACUGACACAUUGAACGGGGUGUGUCAUGGUUGUGGCUUCGUCUCAACCACGAGGGAUAUUCUCUACAGCCAUUUGGUUACGAGCCACAUGGUUUGCCAGCCUGGAUCCCAUAGUGAGGUCUGUUCCCCAGGGCCAGGCCUGCCUAAAUUGCCCUUGUCCACUGUUCUCAGCCCAGGAGACUCUGGUGUGGUGCUGAAGUGUCAAGUCUGCGGUCACAACUCUGAUUCCCCUUCCCAGUUACAGCAGCAUGUACGAACCCACCUGGAAGUGAGAGUCCCCACUGAAAGAAGUCCCACCCCUCGUCAAAGUACCCCAUCAUCUGUCGACCAGCUUCAGCCAUCUACACCAGAGGGUGAGCCGCUAGGCUGUGUCCCUAAGUCAGAUUCCUCCAGCCCAGGUGCUAACGGGGGCUCUGCCACUCCACGUGGCUCCAGUCCUCCUGAUGCCCAAACCACCACCCUAAGAAUCAAAGAAGAGCCUCGCUCAGAAUCUGAGACAGAAGAACACCAGAUGGACUUUAAGGAGGAUGGCGAGGAGGUUGACCAGAAAGCAGAGGGGAAGUCAAAGGAGAGGCAAACUACCAACUUCAUUUGUCAGACAUCAAAUUCUCCAAAGAGUCCUGCCACCCCAGCAGUAAAAGCAGAACCAACAAGUCCCACUCCUGGUUGUAGCCCAAGUCAUAUAGGUGGUGCUGGCUCAGUUUUCCCUGGUGGAUCCAUUUUUUUGCCUCAGUACUUGUUUAACCCUGAAACAGCCAUUAUGCCUCAGGCCUCAGAGAUCCUGGCUAAAAUGUCUGAGAUGGUUCACAGCCGUCUGAAACAGGGCCAGACAAUUCCUCAAAAUAACGCAGCCACCCUUUUCCCCUCUGCACCAACUGUACCAACAGCCACAGCAACUCCUCUUAAAGGCGCUACCUGCUUUGAGUGUGAUAUUACAUUUAACAACAUAAACAAUUUCUAUGUACACAAGAGGCUUUACUGCUCCAGUAGGCACCACGGAGAAAGUGCAACUUCAGCUUCAGGCCCUGGAUCAGCGAGAGAUACUUCCCCAGCCACUGUGCCAUCCAGCAAAGCACAAGAUUCAUCAGCAUCUCCUCAUGAUGGCGCAGUGAACAGAGGAGCCUCCACCUCUCCGCCUGAAUCCGAACCUGCUGCAGAUAGUGGAGCUGCAGAAUCCAAGAGAGUGUUGGUGAAGACAGAAACUCCUACAGGCCGGGAAGGAGUAUCAUCCUCUUCAGAAGGUGAGGGUGUGGGCAGUAGAGGACGAGCAAGUGAAGGUAGCCAGAGCCCCGCCAGUGGGUCAGCUGAAGACCUGGAUGAUGAUCCCAGCCGAACCUUUUGUGAGGCCUGCAACAUUCGCUUCAGUCGUCACGAAAACUACACUGUUCACAAACGCUUCUACUGUGCAUCACGCCAUGACCCAUCCAACCAGCGAGCCAUACAUAUGGCAAAGGCAACCACCAUAGCAGCCUUCCAUCCUCAGCCCAUUCGUACACGUAAGAGGAAGAAGAUGUAUGAAAUUCAUAUGGCGCGAACAAAAGCCUUAGAAGUGGCUGCCGCCGCUGCCGCUUCCGCUCCGUCGCCUUCUGUACUUGGCCUGGCAGUGAAACAAGAGGUUUCUCCUAGUGGUCCAGGCAGCUCUAGCCCUGAAGGUGAUGGUCCAAUAGAUCUGAGCAAGAGGCCCCGCCUCAAAGAAGUUCGUCAGCAUGGUACCAGCAGUAUUCUUCCUGCCUUGCCGCUCACUGAUUACCAUAAGUGCACCGCCUGCAGUAUCAGCUUCAACAGCAUUGAGAAUUACUUGGCUCAUAAAACCUACUAUUGCCCUGCCACCACACUCCAACAGCAUACCUUAGAGCAGCUCCACAGGCUCAAAAGAUCAGCUUCUACCUCUCCGAAAAGCAAGGAGUGCCAAGAUCUUCUUCGUCCUAUGGAAUCUAAAGCUCUCCCCGCAGAUUGGGUUACACAGGCACAAGGCUCGUCAACCAGUCCUCACACCUCAGCUUUAACGGCCUCUGAUGCCACAUCGCCUCCUGAUGCAAUAAGCACACUUGCGGCCGCCCCAAAAGCAGGUGCCACAGGCGUCAGCACGGCUUCUUCUUCUCAGAUGGUCUGUCCAUAUUGCCCUAAUAGGCCCAUCACAUGUGACCUAAUGGAGCACUUUAAGGCUAUACAUGGCCUGGUUGUAUCUAUUCAGUCGCCACAAGAGGCUCAACCCCAGCCAGGCAGCAGAGUGAGUCCCAGCCCAAGCCUUAGUCCGAGAGACGGAGUCACAGCCACCACCUCCAGUAGCCCAAGUGGCACGUCAAAAUUGGUCGCUCACAUUCACAGAGAUAGUAUUAAUGGGCAGGCAAUGAGAGACACCACUUCUCCCUCCUCCCCUCUGAUAAAUGGCAGCCCAACAGGUGAGGGUAGAUCACCGUCAGCCGGUUCACCUCAACCCGUUUCCCCCUCAAGGGCUCCCCUUCUGACUUUGUCACCCGUGCCUGACCACCGAAGAGAAACAGUCGGGAUAUCGCACCUUCCAGACAAGACUUCACCGACUGUUGCCUCCCAUGCCCUCCCUGCACCCCUACCUGCCCCCAUCCCCGGUCCCAAAACCCCAGUCAUCACCCCGGUCCAGAAUGGUAACUCCCGCUACUGUCGGCUGUGCAAUAUUAAGUUCAGCAGCCUCUCUACAUUCAUAGCUCAUAAAAAAUACUACUGUUCCUCCCACAGUGCUGAGCAUGUCAAGUGAGCUGAGAAAUUCACCUUCUCCUCUUUCUCCUUCCCUCCUUUUAUCUGACUGAGUACACGCUACUCCUCAAUCAGCUCCCAUGCACCCUUUCUGCUGCCAGUCUUCGCAGGCAGGUGCCAAAAUUGCACUCAGUUGGCAUGACCAUUAAUCUCAGUAAAUGGCUGUUACUCAUCAGCAGGGCCUGGUGUCCAUUUGCUCCUGAGCAGAAUUUGUCAGUGUUGUUACUCAAUAAUUAUUCCUCUCCCAUGGGUCAACAGCACUGUGAGCUGAGAGUGAUCCUACCUGUUUGUCUACCUACACACUCAAGUGUGCCUCAACCCCUAGGUCAUUGUCUUGUCCCAAAUUAAACACCAACCAAUUCUCAAUAUUUUGCAUUGUGGGACGUUAAAAAAAAUUUGUGAUCAAUCUCAGUCUGUCUUUGCUGAACUAAGUUGUUGAUAAAAGCAGCAAUUACACUCUGACAGUUGACUGAUGACGAUCAUAGCGUAACGAUGAUGCUGAUUAUGGCAAAUCUCGUCUUUUCAUGUUGAUCCAGACGCAACAGAGGAAUAAUCUCUUGUGUGGAAAAGACUUGAUCAUGUGUAAUGUUUUUAUUAUCUGUGCAUAGUCUACGAUGUCUAAAAAAGAAUUAUAUAAUACAUUUGGUUUCAACACUGGCUCUUUUAUGCUUACUAGAAGAAGCUAAGGUAUUUUUUUGCUUAAAAAAGAAAAACAAUAUGUGGUAUGAAAUGUGACUAAUUAAUGAAGGAUAUUUCAAAAUUGACAUUUUUUUCUUUCACACAAAUGUGUUUUUAUUUUCUCUUCAAAUGCAAGGGACAGACAAAUGUGAAAUAUUUAUCUUGUAGUCCUCACUGAUUUCAUGUCAACAGAAAACUACCUACAUAAUGUGUAAGAGUGUUUUUUAUUUGUUAUUUGCUUUGUUUUCAUACUGUUAGAAAUAACUGUGUGGCUCUCAGUGUGUUGAAGUGUUUUUGUGUAGAUAUCUAAUAUCUUCUCACUGAGACUACACAUUUCAUCUGUUCUUGUUGUCAAUCUGUUGGUGACAAAAAUCUGAUUUGAUUAAUCUACAUGUGGAUUAGCAGCACCAGUUGAUCCAAUCGUCACUCAUGGCUUCAAAGAGUAUUUUGGACACAGCUGCUUACAGUAUAUAAUGUGAUAGCAAUGAAGUCGCUGUCCAAAGCUAUACAACAUCUACAGUAUAAUAUAAUUCUGGCUUUAUUUACAGUACCUGUAUCUUUUGACCUCAAAGAGUCCACACUUUUGUUUUUUUUCUUUGUUUUUUUAGUGUAAUAUGAAGUGAUCAACAUCAAUCCAUUCCAUUCAAUAUGCAUUCAAUAUUUUUUUUUUUUUUUUUUUUGUAACAAUGAUUGUUUCUGUUCGGCUAAGGAAUUGUCAAGUAGUGAAGUGUCAUUAUAGGACCGCAUGCACUUCAGGUGCCCACAUUUCUUUCUUCUCGUCUCUAAGUAAUAAUGUCCUAAUCAUACGUCCCGAUUUCAAGCAACAAGAUUAAAUGUAUAUUUCAUGUCUGUGCACCCCACUCUCAUUUUAGCGCCGAAUAAAUCUAAAGCUGCUAAAUGUUCUAUUGGGUACAUAUAGCUCAGCUGGUUGCCACUCAUUUGAAUAAACAAAAUCAUUGAAACCGCCUCAUGGAAAAGAAAGCUUCACAUAGUUCACUGGGAUAGGAGUAAGGUGAUUUUGCCACUUUCAGGUAUAUUCUGGUUGUUGUGAUUUAUCUUAAUCUUAUGAGCUCACACCUGCACUGGUGAAAAAUAUAAUGUUGUUGUCUGUUGGGAAUAUGCGAUGUUGGUCUGAGACUAAAACGAGCCCAAUUGUAAGAAUUUUUUCCACUUGGUUAAUUUUCUGCUUUGCUGCAUUCCAUCCAUUUGAUUUAAAAUAUUUAUAUAAAGUCCAACCAAACCUCUAAUCGAAUUUUAACAUCUUUUUACCUUAAUACAUUAUGUACACUAAAAUUACUUAGCAUUACAGAGAGACAGCUCAGACAGAGUCAGAAUCAUGUCAGAUUGUGAAGUGCCAGAAUUAUUAUUUUUUUUUUUUUUGUGGGUCUUCCCAUUUUAUUGCACUGUGUUGUUUAAAAUGUGUUAUUUUAGGGAUUUUGUUCUGUAACUGUAUUUAUUUUAUACAGCACUUUUCCCCGUCAACAGAAAUUAUUCAUUCUUGUCUAUUGUGAAGGACCCUCCCACUUUAUUUUUCCUCAAAUGUAGAAAACCACAAUGAAUGUCAAAAGCUGUAUUUUUUAUUUUCAUAUAUUUCAUUUCCACUACAAGCUUGUCCAAACUAUGCAUGGGAAAUAAAAGAAAUAAUAAAUUGCUCAGAGACAUGGAAAUGUACUUUGUUGUGAUGUCUGCUUCUCUAUGUACUUUUCAAUAUGAGCCUGAGUGAGAGAUCUUGAUUUUGGUGGAUGUCACAUUCAAAUAUACAG